GCAUACACAAACACCGACACCCACACAAUAUCGCAAUCGCACGCUUCUCUUAAUUUAGCCAAGUAAAAAAAGAACCAGCUUUUUGGGGCCCCAUUAGUGUUGUUGGCUCGCAGUGCUAUAGGAGAAUAAAAGGCCACGCGAUGAUAAGCUUUCUGUUCAUUGUAAAUCGCGCUCUUAGCAGCAGCACGGCGUCGAACUUAUCGAGCAGGAAGAUGACCGCCCCGGGACCACGCCCCCUCGUCCUUUGCGGACCCUCGGGAUCCGGAAAGAGUACUCUGCUGAAGAAGCUCUUCGCGGAGUUUCCCAAUACCUUUGGGUUCAGCAUAUCCCACACCACGCGAAAACCGCGGAAAGGCGAAGAGCAUGGUGUUCACUACUAUUUCGUGGAACGUCCGGAAAUGGAGGCGGCGAUCGCCGCAGAUGAAUUCAUCGAAACCGCCGAGUUUACGGGUAAUCUCUACGGAACCAGCAAGGCUGCUGUGCGGGAAAUUCAGGCCCAAGGAAGGGUCUGCAUCCUGGACAUCGAACAGAAGGGAGUCGAGCAGAUCCGCCGAACGGAUCUCAAUCCCAUUCUGAUCUUCAAUAAUCCCCCGACCAUUGAAGAACUGGAACGGCGACUACGCCUCCGUGGCUCCGAAACGGAGGAGACCCUUAAGAAGCGUUUGAAUGCCGCCCAGGUGGAAAUCGAAUACGGAUUAACGCCCGGUAACUUCCACAAGAUCAUCAACAAUGUGGAUAUCGAUGUGGCUUACAAUGAAUUCCGAAACUUUGUGGUCCAGGAACUCAAGGCACAGGAGAGCCAGGGAGUCCCUAUCAACCUGAAUUAAGGACUCGAGAUGAAGGUGCAAUGAUAUUAACCUCAAAAGAGUGGGUGCAAUAUAUCUUUUUUUUAAAUAUCGUAGGCAAAAAAAGUAAUUCAGGGAAGUUAUUGUUUAUUUUAAGCUGCAGGUCUUGUUUCAAACUGAACUCGUGUUGUUAACAAGGAUUUCCUAUUUAAUUUAUUUAUAUUUAACAUACAAGUUUAUGUUGUCUUUUCUAACGAUAAAUAUCUUAAGAUGAAAACCAUUUGACUGCUUCCUAAAAGUAUAGCUUAUUCUUUAUAACUUAUAAAAAUUCAUACUCUUCAGAAGUAACUUGCUUAUAAAAAAGCAAAGCUCUUUAAAGUUUCUUUCUAUAUUUCUAAUUACACAAUUGAAAUUUCUCUGUUAGGGGAAUAGCAAUAUACAAAUAACUCUUCGUGUAAGUAGACAUAAUAAUUCAAUUUUCAAAGCUGCCAAGAUUAACCCAAUUAGAGUUGCGAACUUGACCUAAAGUUGACAAAUGAAAGUACGCCGUAGAUUACUUUUCGUGUCCUCGAUUCCUGAGGCACCCACUCUAAACCACGUUGACUAAUGGCAUUUAUACUUAAGAAAUGGCUUGUAUUUAUUAUCCUUCUUCUCUCCACUUCACUGUUGUGCAAAUUCGUUGUUGUAGUUGUAAUUUUAAGCUGAAAGUUGUUGCGGUGCUUCACGGUCUAGAAAACCGGCGAAGGCGAUUAAAACGGAAUCAAUAAAGUAAACAGUGUGCGGGUAUAUUGUA